AUGCCCUCUUUGGCUUCUGUGAGAGAAAACCGCCCCGAGAGACGUCGCAAUCGCUCGGGCAGAGUCUCUCGCACAUCUUCCGUCUUGGGCACCCUUAAAAACAUCGUUUAUUCUCCUCUCACCUGGUUCGGCUCAGCAGAAAGGCUUGCUUCGCAGUCCGUCUCAUCCGACGAUUUUGAAGAUACACCCGGGGUCAACGGCACCCCCGCCAAGCGGCGCCGGGUCGUCACAGCCCCCCUAAAUGGAGACCGGGAGGGUUCUGGUCGCGCCAGUAAGAGGAAACGAUAUGAAGAGCAUCCCCCGCCGCCCCAGCAGGUACAGGAGCAAGCGCAAACACAACAGCAGCAGCACCAGAUAUCCCAUGGCUACCUCGAUAUUCCCGACCGUGUUGUGCCUCCACCCCCACCUGCGCCUCGCAAUCUUCAGCCCGCUCAGGACCGCUCCUCAUCCAUCGCCAUCCCUCCGAACUUUUCCCAGACGCAGCACACCCGCCACACUGACUCUCCUCACGCAAGUGCAUCCUAUGCCGCCCCCAGCGCGAUCGCGCGCACCCAGUCCAUGGACCCUCCUGCCAUGCUGAACGCCACACGUGGCUCCCUUCGCGAUGUCUCCAUGGGUUCCAUCCCCUCCGGGUUGCCGCGCGACCUCACUUCGUCCCCCACCUGCGCGCCCUUCCACGUGCGCAUGCGCACCUCGCUCACGCCGCAGCCGUCCGGCCAGCGCUUCGGCCCGAUGCCGAGCCGCCGCGACCGCGACGCCUCCGAGCCGCCGCCCCUCGCCGCGCUCAUGACCAACCCCGUCUUCGUGAAGACACCACAGUCGGUGCAGCAGCAGCAACCUCAGCAGCCUACCCUCACGCUCGGAUCGCUCGGAUCGCAUCGCGGGGCUGGUUUGGGUCCCUACAGCCCGCUCUUCUUAGGCUCUGAGGUCGCCAGCAGCGCGUACUACCGUCCAAUCAAUGCAGCAGAGAAAGCUCUUCACGAUUUGGAUGUGUACAAGACGCCUCUCCUACCCUCGCGUCUGCGCGGGUCGCCAAAGAUCCCCGACAUGUUCCGGCCCAAGAGGUUCUCCGUGCCAACUCUAUUGCACAAGGAGCAAGACAACAAGCCUCGCCUGGGCAUGGUGGACACAGGGAAGGGCAAUGAGGACCUCUCAAGCGUGAGUCCAUAUGCCGGACGGGGGGGUUUGAAGAAGCUGCUGGCUAAGCGACGCCUGGAGGAGGAGGAAGAGGAAGAGAAGGAACGCGAGAACGCGAUGGAGGAAGACGAGGACGAUUCUUUACAGUACGAAGAGCCUGAACUCGCCGUUCCCGAGACACUCCCGCCGCCCGUGCUGCUUCCCGCGGUACCCGCGUCACCCGUCCCUGGGCGCACGCAGUCUUCUCUUCGUGUGGGUCGUACUACGACGUCUAGAAACCAUAUCCAACGCCCAACGCGCCCGGUUGCAACCAAUGCAGCCACCGCAUCCACCAGAACAACCGGGCGGUACUCAGCAAAGUUCAACGAAGACGAGCUGGACAUUCAGAUGACCACUGAGGCGACCGAGGAGGCGAACGUUAGAAAGGAGGUUAGGAAGGCUACAGAGGCGGAGCAGACGAAGGAAGUGCAAGGGCGGAAGGAGGCACAGAAAAUUGUGCUACCUCCAGGAUUCAGCUUCGUGAACGACAAGGCGCCCAUUACCCACGACGCGACCGAUGCGAAAGAGCCCCCGCUGACGGCUUUGCCGUUCUCCUUCGCCGAUUGGGCGGCUUCCAAAGGAAUCCCCGUACCUACAGAGGCUCCCAAGCAACCUGUCUCGGUGUUUGCAAAGCUGGCAUCCGCCCCCGCUACAGCUCUUCCGACAGUGGCCGCAGAGAGCACGCCUGAGACAUUAACGGUGGCGCCGACCACCCCUGCCUUAUCCACUAUGCCAUCCUUCUCCCUCACCCCGCCGACCCCCGCCCCGCCUGUUCCUGCGCCUGCCCCAUCUGCUCCAAGCACGAGUGCCCAGCCUGCGCGUACCGAAGGCUCCUCUAUCCCGAACUUCUUCACGAAUUCUGCUCUCCUGAAGGCAGGUGCGAACGUCACCCAAGCCGUCACGGUCCCACCUUCCCCGAUGUUCAGUUCAGAAUUGGCGGCGCGGCCUGCGGUAUCCGCAUUAGGCGAGGCGAAGGCGGCGGAGCCUACUGCACCGACGCCCACGGAACAGCCCAAGUCGACCCCAACGUCCUUGUUCGGCAGACCUGCGCCUGCAGCGAAGGAGGCCCCUGUGCAACCCUCGACCUCGCUGUUCGGUAGUGUGCCAUCCGCAAUAUCUGCUACACCCGACACUCUAUCCGGUGCCCCGCAGAAACCCGCAGAGGAGCCCAAGUCUCUCGCUCCUGCGUUCAACUUUGCGGCACCCUCGCAGGCUGCGGAAGUGUCCAAGCCCAGCGGGUCCGUGUUCAGCUUUGCCACACCUCCUAAACCUGCGGAAGUGCCCAAGCACAGCACUCCAUCAUUUGGUUUCCCAAAGCCUGCAGAGACUAGUGCGCCGUCGCCAUUUAGCUUCGCCACCACAUCAAAGCCUGCAGAGGCCCCUGCUACGCCCGCCGCUCCCGCGCAGCCAUCGUUCUUCGCCACGCCGGCCAAACCGGCGGAGUCUUCGGCACCCCCCUCGUUCCCGUUCACCUUCGGCGCUCCCAAGGCAGAACAGGCGAAGGCACCCGAAGCCAAGGCGGAGCCGCUCAAGCCGUCGCUCUUUGGUAAUGCGCCCGCGGCACCCUCUCCCUUCGCAGGAUUUGGUGGGGCUGCGGCGAGUAGCCCUGCUGCCGAGCAGCCGAAGAGCGCGUUCUCCUUCACUCCAUCUGCGCCCGCUGUAGCUGCAGAGCAGCCGAAGUCUUUCUUCGAUGCUGCCCCUUCUGCUGGCUCAGCCUUCGGCCAGCCUGCGGCUUCAGCGCCUUCCGAUGGGACCAAUGCGAAAUCUCCGUUCUCGUUCGGCGCUUCUCCGUCCUCGACGCCUGCGGCAAAGCUUGCGUACACGUUCGGUGCUCCGCCGAGUGGCGGCCACGGUACAGACGUAUCGAGCAAGCCCUUCGUUUUCGGCUCUUCCACGACGUCUGCGAGACCGACAACGCCCCCGCACACGCAUGAUUCGGAGGUGAUGAUGGACGAGAGCCCGACACGCGGCAGUUCAAUGGAUAUGAACGGGUCAGCGAAGCCGGAGAUAGCGAAGGUCCAGACUGGCUUCACGUUUGGUCAGAGUGGGACCUCUGGUGUGUCGCCUUUCGGACAGCCCAACCAGAACAAUUCGUCGUCCUUCAAUUUCGCAUCGAACCCAAAUCCGUUCGGAGCUAAGCCUGAGGCAAAGCCAGAGAUUAAGACCACAUUUGCUGGGUUCGGACAGCAGGCAGGUUCAAGUGGGUUUACGUUCGGACACAAGGAGAGCACGCAGUCGCCACUGUCGCCGAGCCCGUUCCCUCCCUCGCCAUUCAAUCAGGCUCCAGCACAAUCGGCAGCUGCGGCAUUCCCGUUCGGUGGCCCAUCGCCGGGCGGUGCAUUCGGCCAGCGACCGUCGACCGCCCCGUCUAACCCGGCGAGUCCCUCUACAUUUAAUCCGCCAAACGCGUUCAAUUUCGCACCCAGUCCCACUUCUGCUGGCGCGCCGGCAAACCAGUUCAGGUUUGGUAGCCAACCAGCUUCUCCCGCUGCUGCCAAUCCUGGGCUUCCUCAGCAGCAGAGCGCGGCACCCGUGCAGUUCCACUUUGCACAAACUCCUGUACCAUCCCCAUCAUCGCCUUUCCCGGAAAAUCCUGCACAACAACCAGCCAUACCUGGCGAGGUCAUGUUCGUGAUGGGAUCUGCGCCUCCUCCCGUUCCGAAAGAGAAUAGGCCCAUGAGGCGGCUUCCCAACCGAAGAAACGCUAAACGUUAA